CCCGCACGGGCCGAGCGCGCCCGGAACCGGCAGCGCCGGGAAAGGCAGCACCGGGAGCCCGCGGGGAGCGCGCGGAAAAGCAGCGACUUUGUGAAAAAACUCGCUGAGUUCACUGCCGCGGGUCUGGGAAAAGUUGCCGGAUUCCGACAACUUUCUGAGACAGCGGCUGAGGAGCGGCAGGAGCGGGGAGAGCGGCGAGUUGGGACAGCGUUAAAGGAAACCCGGCACGAUUGGCGAGAAGCAAAGGAGGCUGGGCAGGGUUUGGGACAGCGGCAAAGGAAACCCGGCGAGAGCCUGAGGAGUUGUGGAUUUGCGAAGAAAAACAGCCCAAGUUUCAAAAAGAACGAGUUUUCAAGGAAAAAUAAAGUUCCGAAGCGCGUCGGUGAGGAGGCGAGCUCCGGUUCUGCGAGGACAGCGUUAUCCCGGUUCCAUGGCUGCGCGGCGCUGGAGGGGUGUCCCCUUAGGGAAUCUCUCUGAUUGUCCCAAUGGGUCCCGCUGGAUCAUGGAUGUGUUCAAUGAGUGUGCCCAGGACAGCCGGGAUGUGGCCAGCAUCGUGCUGGGGCUGGGCUCCAUCGGCUGCUUCAUCGCUGCAGCCUUCCCGCAGUUUUACCAGGCCUGCAGAACGGGCAUCAUGGACCAGGCUCUCUCCAUCUAUUUCCUGCUGGGAUGGCUGGGCGGAGACCUCCUCAACCUCAUCGGUUCCUUCCUGGCUGAUCAGCUGCCCCUGCAGGUGUACACGGCCAUUUACUACGUGCUGGCAGACCUGGGCAUGCUCUCCCUCUACUGCUACUACCGGGUGAAGAACAGGGGCAGAGCCUUCCCUGCUGCCAUCAAUGCAGCCUUUGUGUUCCUCUCUGUGGGGUCCCUGUCCAGCCUCUCCCUCCUGGGCAGUGCCAGCCCCGAGGAUCCAGUGACCUUCAGAGGGAGAUCUCUGCUGUCAGCUCCAGGGGAUCAGCUUGGACCAAAGCCUUUCUCCAGGACUGAGAUCAUUGGAUUUACCAUCGGGUCCAUCUCCUCCGUGCUCUACCUGUGCUCCCGAGUGCCCCAGAUCUGCACCAACUACAAGAGGAAAUCCACCAGUGGAGUCUCCUACUCUCUCUUUGCCCUGGUGAUGCUGGGGAAUUCCCUGUAUGGCCUCAGUGUCCUCCUGAAGAACCCAGAGCCAGGCCAGGGCCAGGGUGAUUACAUCCUGCACCACCUGCCCUGGCUGGUGGGCAGCCUGGGUGUGCUGGCCCUGGAUGUGGUUAUCUCCUUCCAGUUCCUGGCCUAUCGGAAAGGACGGCCUGGAGCCCUGGAGGAGAGGAAUGCCCUGCUUGGGGCAGAGGAUGAGAGCCCAGAGAGCUGACACAGGGUCCUGCCCUGCAGGGAGAGGAGGAGGAGGAGGAUGCACAUGAGGAAGGUGGCCUUGGGGCCAGGCAGGCUGGCCCCUCCAUCGUGGUGGCUCCUGGCAGGAGAGGCCCUGAGCCUGUGUGACAUUUGUGCUGCCAAGGCAGUGGCAGAGGAUGCUGCUGGGACACCUCGUGCCUCUUUGAUACCAAUGAUGCUUUCAGGAUAAAAGGGAAUUUUUGAUACCUCAGCUGCUCUUUGCUGCUCCAGUGCCCCACAGCUGAGCCUGGUCACUGCUGUGUCUCCCAAGGGUGAUCUGGAACUUCCUUGCUGCUGAAAAAUGUGGGGAGGGGACAGGGAUCACUGCCCUGCCCCAGACAGGAGCACCACUGUGACCUCACAACUCCCCUCAGCUCUUCUGGAGGACACAGGGCUGGAUCCAGCGGGGAAGGAGCAGCAGAACCAAAGUGUUCAGUCCACACCUAUUUUAAUUAUCAUGGCUUACCCAUCUAUAAAACAUGUCCUUCCCCACCUGCCUCUCUUGGUUUCAUUUUGCUGUUUUACCUGGCAGUUCCUGCCUCUUUCAUAAUGAGUCUCACAGUCCCAUUUCUCUGACUUUGCAUUUUUUGCCUCACCCAUGUUUUAAUUGCCCAGAUUCUUUAGGAAAGUUGCUCCAUUGCUGUUCCUCAGCAGAGGAGCUGCCUCUGCUUGCUCUGGUUUUCAGUUCCUGCCCUCUCUCCUUGAUGAAUUUAUCAACUUGAUGAAGUUAUGCUCAACCUGAUGAGUUUAUCCCCCUCUUGGGGCCCUGAACUCAGCACAGUGCUCAUGGCCAGGGAAGGAGGGGAAGGUCUGGGACAAGCUGUCCCCAUGAGGAAAGAGUGCAGGUAGAGCCAGGCUCCCUCCUGUGUGCUGAGCUCUUCCUGCUGGGGACGGGCAGCUCACUCUCCCUGGGAAAAUGAGGAAAACCAAGCAAAGCUUGGAGACCCUUCAGGAAAAGCUAUCACAGCUUAACCUUGUGGAAACAAGAGUUUUCCUUUUCCUGCAGUUGCUAUCAGCUCUUCCUUUUGCUUCCCUCUCCCCACCCCAGCUCCCUUCCUGAUCCCCAGCAUCGUGUCUCUUUUGGCUUUAGCUCCAUUAUCAUUAAUUUGUGAUUCCUCAGCCAGUCCAUGGCUUUUGUCCUUUCCAAGGAAGUCACUCUGCUUUGUCCUCACACUGAGGACAUCAAUCCAGGCUUCCACACUUCAGCCUGGAUUGUGCAUUAAUGGGAUAUCAAUUGCUCUGUGCCCACCAAGCUGCAGCAGCAGGUUCAGUGAAAACCAGACUGGGCCAGUGCUUGGGUCUGACCCAGCUGUUUUCAGAAAGGAAAUUUAUUUUUCAGUCUCUCUGAAUCCCUUGAAUCAACUGAGUGGUUUUUUUACUGGAUUAAUUCACAAUUCUGCCCCUCCAGAUUCACAAGCAAGGGGCUGCUCAGCUCAUCCUGAAACCAGCAGCUUUUCCUUUCCUGUGUUUCCCUGGGAAUUGUGGAACAAUUCACAUCCAUGAGCAAAUCCCUCAUCUUUGCCACUCACAACACUAAAUAAUUGUCACAUACUGGCUUUUCUAAACCUGGACAAAGAACCUCUGCCAUAAAAGUGCAUAUAUACAGAUACACAUAGGCACACACACACCUAUAUAUAGAUAUAUAUACACACAGUCUGUCCCCACAGGUACACCUGGAGCACGAGUUAGGUACAGAGCUGAUUUACUCUGACUUUACUCAGGCUGGGCAGGAUGGAGCAAGCAGAGCUUACACACCCACAGCCACCUCAGGGGUGGCUGGAAAUUCCUGAGGCUCUUCCCAAGGUUCCCACCCCUCCAGGUCACUGCUGCAGCCCCAGGCCUGUGCUCAGGAUUUUCCAGAGGUAAAUGUUAGAGCCAAAAAGGCAGAGCAGAAACAAACACCCCUGAGGGAGAGGGGAACUGAAAACCCCACCUGGAGUCUCCCCCUGCAGGCUCCAGAGCUCACACAAAUUUAUCUGAAGGUUUGUGUUGGGACAGAGCUGAGACAGAAACCAAAUCCCAGAGUGUUCCUGGAGGAUCCUGUCCCUUCCCAGGCUGUGUCCCACAGGCACCCCAGGACCUCCCCCAGGCUCUGGGUGACUCUGGCCACGUGCAGGAGUCUGGGAGGGAUGGAGAUCACAGUACAGAGUAAAUCAGAGCACAUUAAUGAAUCAGUGUGAAUGCCACCAGUCCCCAGCUGGAACUGCAGAGGGCAAUUCCCAGAGGCAGGGCCCAGCAGAUCUUUAUGUGCUUCCCAGGAUUGAGUUUGGUACAACCCAAACCUGGAGAUGCCCAAAGCUGUGCCAGGUCCCUCUGCCCACCGAGGGCUUGGGAGGGGACACUGGAGAGGGUCACAGGUGACACAGGGACCAGGAGGGAGCUUUUGGGUCAGCAGGGAUGGGAGGAACCCCCAGCACAGCCCCUCUGCCCAGGGCUGGACACACAGAACUCCCAGGCUGUUUUUAGCACAGCAGAUCCCUCCCCCCUAAAUCCACCUGGAUUUACAUUUGUUGGAUGUCUGGAGCACCAAUCCCAGCACCCUGAAAGGGCAGCAAAAGGCAGUGGGACAUCACAGCCCAUUCCACACAAACAUUUCUGGAUAUGGGACAAAAACAAACCCUGAGUAACCCUGCAAGGAAGGAAAGACAAACAAGGAGAACACAAUCACACCACACAUCUUCCUGGGAUUUUUUUUGUUUUUAUUGUUUUAGUCUUUUUUUUUUCUUUUUUCUUUUUUCCAUUUUUUAGUAUGGAGGCUCAAGUAUCAGAUGUAGAUUCAAUUUAAGCUUUACAAAAAAAACAAAAAAUCAAAACAAAAACCCCUUUUGCAUUCCAUAAAAAUUGACAGAAAAGCGCCUUGGAACCAGGCUAUAGAAGAGCAGAACUUUCAGCAGGUCUCCAAAUCACCAUCUGGGUUACUCAGUAUUGUACAACCCCAAGGAACACCCUCUCUUCACUCCCUCCCUCCAGCCAGCCCCUGUGCCCAGCCCCCAAACAUACGUGGAAUAGAUUAUUUUUCUUUUUUUUCUUUUUUUUUUUUUUUGUUUUUCCAGUUCUUCCUCUUUCACACACCACAGUAUUUAAUAAAUUUUUGUUUUACAUUUUUUACACCAAUGUAACAAAAGGCAGGAGGGGGUGAGGGAGGAAAAGACAAACAAUGAUCUGUGGUGAUGUAUAUAAAUGGGGGAGGGUGGGAAAGGGAGGGGGGG